CAAAGAGUAUCGCGCCAAACCCAACUGCCAUAGCACACAUCUCAAUAACCCCGCCAAUUUGUCCUCACGGUUCAUUCGCUGAUCAUCUCAGUUUCCAGAUCAGAUUUGCUAUACACCCACAUUGGAACUCUCAAUCCCGUAGCAAAUCUCAAUGCUAGAAAUGGCACUAUAAAGCCAUCCAAUUUUGUAGCCUUAAACAGCGGUUUUGUUAACAGUUCAUGAAAAGGGUUUGUUCCUCUUCUUCAUUAAUUAUCACUUCUUAUCUGGGUUUCCGCUAAUCCUAUUAUCACAACUUGACUCACAUUCAUAAGAUAUAGUGUUUAUUUAAUCUGUUCGCCACGAAAUUUCAUCUGUGUAUUUGAGUUUCUUAGGUGUAUUGUUGGUGGGCUGAUCUAUUUUUCAAUAUCUUGCCGUUGAUCUACUUGAUUUUCAAAUUAAUUGAGUUCAAGGAUUUAAUUCUUCAUGGAUUUUCUGGGUGUUUGCAGUUUUGGGUAAUAGUGUAUUUGUACACUGGAUAAUUAGGAACAGAUAGCUGAGCUAGGGCUUGCCCAUCUCUUUUAUUGAUGGCGUCUUCUAUGUUUUCUAUGAUCUGCAUUUUGCAUUCGACAGUGGCAAUGACUUGUGGAUCUUCAAUUAUGUUUUAUCCCAAAGAAAUUUCUGUUCUCGGUCAUGGUCUAGAAACAGCUCAACAGCUUUUAGGUUCAACCCCGCAUGAUCAAUUAUUGAUCCAAAUCUCCAAUUCCUUUGCUGGUUUGCUUUUAUUUGUAAUUGGGUUUUUAGUGUUCAUGGUGGCAUUUGUGAAGGACACAAAAUUUCAAAGCUUUUUUGCUAAAGGGUGUGUGCUUCUCCACGUGACAAUGGCUCUUUGGAGGUUUUACUUCGAGAGAAGGCUUGAGGAUUUGGCUUGGCAUUGGCCAAAGCAAGUAACUGGAGAUCUUUUGCUUGCUCUUUCUUGGGUGUUCUUUCUUGUGUACUCCUGGAGGGAAAAGUAUGACUGACGCAAAUAUUGGAUUUUGCUACAAUUUGGGUGCUUGCAUUGUUUAAUGGAGUUAAAUUGAUGAAGAAUUUGCUCAUUCUCUUGUGGGAAAAUUUUGCUGAUUAUUAGUAAAUAGUAACGGUGAUUUUGCUCUUGGUUUGUACCCCUGCUCUGGAUCUUGACUGUUGAGCAACUCUUGGGAUUUCCUGUUCAUAGUUGUCUGAAAACAUUAUAGAAGAGUACAAUUUAGUUUAUGAUGGAUGUUUGUACUUGAUAGCUAAAAGAGAGCUAGAGAUCACAUGAGCCUUAGAAUUACAUUGCUAACUUGAAAAUUUAUAGAAAUUUAUGAAUUUGGUAUAAUGGGAUUCACUUACCCAAUUUUUAAUCCAA